AAACCUUUUUUAUUACUCAAAAGUUGUUUAUAGAUAUUUACAUUUCUAUUCUUUUUGAAACAUAUGAAUUGUUUUCUAUGUGACAACGUUUUAUAUAACUUUUAAAUCAGUUACGCAGAUAUUCCUCUUUUCUAGGUUUUAUGAGUAUUACAAAUGAAUUUAUUAUCGGUGAACCGGCUUUUAUCAAAAUUCCUUCAUACAAAAAGAAUGGAUCCAACCCAAAAAGGUUUAUUGCAAGAAAAAUGUAUACUAGUAGAUAAAUAUGAUCAAGUUUCUGGUGAAGCUACGAAAAAUGAUUGCCAUUUGGUUAAACCUAAUGGAGAAAUUUUGUUACACAGAGCAUUUAGUGUAUUCUUAUUCAAUUUGAAAGGAGAACUUUUAGUACAAAAACGGGCGUCAUCCAAAAUUACAUACCCAAAUAGAUAUACAAAUACCUGCUGCAGUCAUCCUUUAUCGGACAUUCUAGAAGAAACAGAAGAAUCCAAUGCCCUAGGAAUUAAAAAAGCUGCCCAAAGACGUUUAAAUUAUGAACUAGGUAUACCAAAAGAAGACUUACCGUUAGAAAAACUUAAGUAUUUAACCCGAAUCCACUACAAAGAUAAGGGUGAUGGAAAAUAUGGAGAACAUGAAAUUGACUACAUUAUUUUUGCUCAAAAUGAUGUGCGCUUGCAGGCAAAUAUAAAUGAAGUGUCGGAUUUGAAAUAUAUUAAAAAAGAAGAAUUUUCUAAUUUUAUACACCGAAAUAAACAUCAACUGACUCCAUGGUUCCAUUUGAUAGUUCAUCAUAGCCUAGAGAGAUGGUGGGAUAGUUUAGAUAAUAUUGAAAAAUUUAAAGAUCAUCAAAAUAUUACUAGGUUAAAGUUCUAGUGUUGUAUCAGUAAAUAUUAUGUUUUGAGAAAAAAAAUGUAAAUUGUAUUAUUAAUUUUUAAUAAAAAUUAAUGUAGAACUAAA